AAGGGAGAACUGCAGGCUGAUCUGGGUGAUUGACUGCGAUCUCAGAGCCCUUCUCAUGCCAGCCACGACUUUUAUAGUAGCCCCAGGACAUGGGUGGAGCCCUCAGGACAUGGGCGGAGCAUAGGGACAUGGGCGGAGCAUAGGGACAUGGGUGGAGCCGAUAACUUGAGUGGGCCCAUCAGGACACAACAGAUGCACUCCAUCUCCAACACCCACAUCACAGUGACCUCAAUCAGCAUGCUAAGCCAAUCAAGCAAAUAUGUGCAAAUUAAAUUGGGAUUAAGAGCAGAGCAGACUGCAGCCUGUUACUAUGGUGAGCCGCGGAAGUUUGACCCAACUUUCCGAGGACCCGUACACAACAGGAGCUGCACCGACGUGCUGUGCUGCGUGAUUUUUGUCAUCGUCAUCCUGGGGUACAUCGCCCUGGGGACCGUUGNCUGGAUCCAUGGGGACCCGAGGAAGGUUGUGUACCCCACGGACAGCUACGGCCAGUUCUGCGGACAGAAGGGCACCAGCAAUGCAAAGAAAGCCAUACUGUUUUAUUUCAACAUCCUCAAAUGCGCCAGUCCGGCCGUCCUGAUGAACCUGCAGUGCCCAACGACUCAGCUCUGCGUGCCCAGAUGCCCAGACAGGUUCGCCACCUACUCGGAGAUGCAGUACCACUACCGGUCUAACAGGAGCCUCUGGGAGUAUUACAGACAGUUCUGCAAGCCUGGCUUUGACAACCCGCACAAGGCAGUCGCUCAGGUCCUGAGAGACGAGGACUGUCCCUCCAUGAUAGUGCCAAGCCGACCCUUCCUCCAGCGCUGUUUCCCCGACUUCAUCACCAAGAACGGCACACUCACCGUCGCCAACCGCACCUCCUUCAGGGAUGUUCUGGGGAAGAAGAGGAACGUUACUGAGCUCAGGGACGCAGCCAAUGGCAUCACUGGCCUCCUGCAUGCCAAGGAAGUCGGCAUGAAGAUCUUUGAGGAUUUCGCCAACUCCUGGUACUGGAUUGUGAUUGGCUUGGUGGUGGCCAUGCUGAUCAGCCUGACCUUCAUCCUUCUCCUGAGGUUCACUGCUGGCUUCCUCUUCUGGUUCACCAUCUUUGGGGUCAUCGCUGUGGUGGGAUAUGGUAUCUGGCACUGUUACUGGGAGUUUGUCACGCUGAGGGUGAAGCCAAACAGUGACGUCACCAUCUCGGACAUCGGCUUCCAGACCGAGCUGCAUAUCUACCUGCAGCUCAGCCAGACCUGGCUGUUCUUCAUGAUCUCACUGUCCGUCAUUGAGGCCGUCAUCAUCCUGAUACUGGUGUUCCUGAGGAACAGGGUGCGAGUCGCAAUCGCACUGCUCAAGGAGGGCAGCAAGGCCAUCGGCUGCAUCAAGUCUAGCAUCUUCUACCCCGUAGUCACCUUCCUGCUCCUGGCCAUCUGCACCUCCUACUGGGCUGUGACGGCGGUCUUCCUGGCCUCCUCGGGAGAUGCCAUCUACAAAGUGAUGCCCUCACAGCCCAACUGCAUGUACGCCAACAUGACCUGUAACCCCGAGACCUUCAACAAGACCAACGUAAGCAGGGUGUGUGCAGGUGCCCAGUGCACCUUCGCCUUCUACGGCGGCGAGGGCCUCUACCAUCGCUACAUCUUCGUGCUGCAGCUCUGCAAUCUGCUCGUCUUCCUGUGGCUGAUCAACUUCAGCAUUGCGCUGGGGCAGUGCACGCUGGCCGGGGCCUUCGCUUCCUACUACUGGGCUCUGAAGAAGCCAGCGGAUAUCCCCCCCUGUCCGCUGUUCACCGCGUUCAGCAGAGCUGUACGGUACCACACAGGAUCCCUGGCCUUCGGCUCACUGAUCCUCGCCGUGGUCCAGCUCAUCCGAAUUGUCCUCGAGUACCUGGACCACAAACUGAAAGGUGCUCAGAACAUGUUCUCCCGCUUCCUGCUCUGCUGCCUCAAGUGCUGCUUCUGGUGCCUGGAGCGCAUCAUCAAGUUCAUGAACCGAAACGCUUACAUCAUGAUUGCUAUAUAUGGGAAGAACUUCUGCACAUCAGCCAGAGAGGCCUUCUUCCUGCUGAUGAGGAACGUGGUGAGGGUGGCCGUGCUGGAUAAGGUGACAGACUUCCUGCUGUUUCUGGGGAAGGUGCUCAUCGCUGGCAGCGUGGGUGUCCUGGCUUUCUUUUUCUUCACGCACAAGAUCCCCAUCAUCCAGGGGGAGGUGCCAUCACUCAAUUACUACUGGGUGCCACUGCUGACUGUGAUCCUGGGCUCAUACCUCAUCGCUCACGGCUUCUUCAGCGUCUAUGGCAUGUGCGUGGACACGCUCUUCCUCUGCUUCUGUGAGGAUCUGGAGAGGAACGACGGGACAGCCACCAAGCCCUUCCUCAUGUCGCCCAGCCUGCACAGGAUUCUGGGAAAAAGCGAGCAGAGUCCCAAGAAGGCACGUGGAUGAGCGCCCCCCAGCAGCAGGGACAGGCUGCUCCCAGGCAUGCUUUAACAGGCCCUGGCUGGGCUCCCUGUGCUCUUCCAGGGACCAGACAGGCAGUGAGCCACGAGCAGGCGAGGCCCAACCAAACAUGAGCCCUCGGGCAGGAAGCAGACUGCUCCUCUCACUCCUUACCAUCUGAGGAACUGACGACUUGGCUUUCCUCCGACACUGCAUCUCCUCCUCCUGCUCACUGCUGCUUCAACUCCCAUUGUCAAAUGGGUUGUCAUUGGUGUGACGGAUGGUCAGUCGUCCGCCUGUCCCUUGGGGCCUGUCCUGCGGAGCCUGACACUAUCAGGACCAAUGUGGAGGCACGAAGCUCAGCCUGUUUGCAUCUGACUGCCAACCCCAGCAAACAUUUUUACUCUACAGGGCACAAAUUGAUGAUUCUUACAGGUUAAAGGAUGAUCAGUUCAGAUGUGACCACAAUGAACCCCCUAGUGGUGGCAGUGUGCAGUCACCAACCCAUGUUUACCAGAAUGUGAUGUCUUCUGGCUGUCAGUAUUGUUUUUAGCAUUUAGUACAAGGGCUGAUUACAGUGAAGAGUGCCCCCUCCCCCCUCACCAAACAGGGUUCGCUCAGACUGACACCAGCUCCAUGUUUCUCCCCCCUGGCUAGUUGGUGUCAUGAGACAGUAUUUUCAUGAGCCACACGCCAAAAAAAAACCUUCGGCCAAUGAGUGCAGCAUGUUACCCCUGCAGCCCCCACUGCACCCCACCCAGCCACUGGCUUCCUACACCAACGCUGCAUAAAACUGCCUGACCUCCCCGGACAGCCACCCAGCCAGGAAACCUGCAUCUUAGUGAACGUGCCUAGCCCAGGAAAUCGUGAUGCACAGAACCUUUUAGAAGUUUGAGGAUGUAAAAGCCAUUUUUUGGUAUUUUGUUUUUAAUUAAAAAAAAACAAAAAAAAAAAAACAGGGCUGUAGUCAAGUGCUACCUUUUUUUACAAUUCUAAUUACUUGUUUUUGUAAUUUGGGGAGGGGUAUUUAAUGUCUUUGUAAUGGACGUUUUUGUAAACCAGUCAAUGAAAGCAUUUUCUAAAUAAACUAUAAUUCAAGUCA